CGGCCGUGUUCGUUCGGUGUGGAAUCCAGAAAUCAGUAAAAAAAGUCAGUGAACUACUAGUGUAACAAUAUCAAACUGAAAACAAUUUAUAAAGAUCCAUUUGUGCAAAGAGAACCAAAUAAAACUCCCGCCCAAAAGUACUCCACACUCUGUUGCUCAAUGCUCCAACAUUUGGGUUCGAACGGCAUGUUGUUGUCGCUGCUGUUGUUAACCAUGGCUAAUGCGGCCAUCUCUGAGGGUGAUGAGAACAAUCUUAGCAGCACGGCAACUUCAUUGCAACAGGAGCCCAGAAAACUGGUGAAGCGCGCACCGGCAGCAGGAUUUAUAGGAAUGCGGGGCAAGAAGGAGCUGGAAACGGAUACGGAAACAGAUAGGGCUUACCCUGUGAGCAAUGACAAUUGGUUGGGUCCCGAUCCCCUAGACUAUGGAGAGGACAGUGAUGACUACUAUGAGAACGGCAGGAGGUUGAAGAAGGCGCCAACAGCAUUCGUCGGAAUGCGGGGCAAAAAGUAUACUCCAAGCAGCAAUCGUUUAUCGAAUCUGCUGCGGCAGAUCGAGGAGCAGCGUUUGCGUGAGAAUGUCCUGCAGGAGUUAUUUGAUCGCCUGGCAGAUCAGAAUAGUGUGGGAGAUGCAGAGAUACCCAACAAGAGGGCACCCACUGGAUUCACUGGGAUGCGAGGCAAGCGACCAGCCGAGGAUGACGACGAUGCCAUGGAACUCUUUGAGAAGCGUGCUCCAAUCAAUGCCUUUGUGGGUGUGCGUGGCAAAAAGGAUGUUUCCCAUCAGAAUUACAAGCGAGCUGCUCCCCUGUCAGAGUUCUGGCGCAAUCUCUUUAAAAAGGCCUACGAUGCGCGUGGCAAGAAACAUCGUUUCGUUGACUUCAAUAACAAAUUUGUGGCUGUUCGAGGCAAAAAGAAUAAUCUGGAUCUGGAGGAUGGUCAGGAUCAGUAUCUCGUCCAUCCAUGGUCUUAUCUCCUUAACGAGAAACGAGCGCCCAAUGGUUUUGUCGGCAUGCGAGGCAAACGUCCAGUUUUGGCGCUGGAAUAAGUCUCUAUAAAGUAGUAAAUUGCGUUCCUCAGUUAUUGAAAGACACACAGCUGGAAGUUCCUCAACUAGGCCAAGAAUAUAUGUAUGUACAUGCACACACAGAUACACACACAAACACACACACACAGAUAGAGAGAGAGAGAGAAGUGAAAUAUAAUAAUGUUGUGUUUGAAAUAAUCACUGGGCUGGAGAUUAUUUCAAGUGCAACUAUUAAUCAACGCAAGGAUCACAAGGAACACAAGAGACACACACACACACACACACACUGGAAUCUGUUAUCUUAACAUAAGCUUAAUAUUUAACACCUCCGAGACUAUGUAAUAUAACUGUAAUUGUAAUCAAAAGCUUUUAAAGCUUUUUGAAAUAAAUUCACAUAAAUUGAAUUAUUUGCAUAUCUAAGUGUAAAACUAUUAAUCAAAAUUAAAUCUAAAUAGAUCAAUUAUUC